AUGGAAGAAUACUCCCGAGAAGAUUUGGAGGAUGUGCACAUGCAUCUCUUUAUGCUCAAAUCCCGGGGCCCUCCGCUCCCCAGCGAGGAGCCUGACAUAAAGCAGAGGCGUGACUAUGUUGAGCGCUUUCUCUCCCAACGUUUUCCGAGAGACAAUCAUCAAGAGGCUAGCAAGGUUCUGCGUAAAUAUGCCACAAUCAUCGCAGCCAAACUCCUCAUCAAGGGGGAAACAGGAACGACCACAGUCUCCCGCUUUGCAUGGAAAGUCGACAAGGUGUUCUGGGACCUUUGGCGCAAGUAUCAUCCAACCCGGGAUUGUUUUUAUCAUUGGCUAAUCAAAGAAUUCGCAGUCCUCGGAUUGCUCCCGAAAUCGAAGCCAGCUUGGCCAUGGCCACAACCUCCGACGUACAAGAAUGGGGAGCAGCUCUCGACAGCGUUUGCCUCCUUAAGAGAAGCGUACUUUCGCGAUGGGAAACUGGACUUCAACCAUGCGUCUGUUCCCGAGGAUGUUGAGCACCAAGCGGCUCAACUUCAAAAUGAGUCUACAUCAACAGGGGUUAUGGCUUGCGAUAAAAUGCACAACCCUUUGACUAUCGCGCCCCCAACUCUGGAAAGUCGAAGAAACGCUUGGGAGGCACUAUAUCCAGGGGUGGCUCCAAGUGAGCGAGGUCGGCCAUUCACACUGAUCCUCCCAGCCGAGUUUGACUUCUGGACAUUCGUCUACGGUCCCGAUGGCCGCGACUUCAACAAGAUCCGAGAGCGUCUCAUGGAGGAGCGUAUCGAAAUUACCUGGAGCUAUGAGGAAAGAGUGCAUAGUAGCGAAUCGUAUCUCACAAACCCCGAAGAACCCCCUGAGACAGGCCAUGCUAUUAUAGUUGGGCCACUCAGGCUCCAGGGUGAGAAUGCCAGAACACUGUCGUUUGAGGGAAGCAAGACAAUCAACUUGGAAGGUAUCAGCAGGAUCUGGCACGAUAUUCUAGCCUGGCAUCGCGACUUCACCAAGACUCGAACGACUACUCUGCGCAGCUAUUUGGAGGACAUCACAGAAACACGAAAAGCACGAACAGUCCAGGGUACUACAGAUCUCCCUGAAGGAUUCAAGGACGUCCUGGCUGAGAUAAAAAAAGAGCGAAACGCCUGGAAGGAUGUGAUCAAUGGGGUUCUGGACAGAAAAAGCCCAGAGUCAAGUACUAUCGUUUGCAUCAGCAACUGGGCCCUUAGAGGGAAGAAGGGCAAAUGGCUUGGUAUCCAUGAGCGUAUGAACCUGGCUGGUGACCUCUGGCGAGAGCGGGCUGAGACUCCUGAAGAGAAGUUGAAGAUCUCGGAGUUGAUCUUGGGGAUCAAGGAGCGUGCCAAGUCUGGUCUCUUGCGUGACUAUGAGCUUUUGAAGAAGUAG